AUGGGACAGUACAAAUCUGGAAUGAAGAGAAUCAGCUCAUCAGGACACUCCAGCUUCAACGCAGUGCCUGAGUGUCUGGCUUAUGGUGGGUUUGGAGGUGAACUGUUCCUGGGCAUUAAAGGAGACCUGUACAGAAUGAAGUGUGCAAAGUUCCUGCCACACAAAUACCAACAAAUGCUCCUUUACACUUAUUGUGAAGAGCCUCUACCUGACUUGCCUAUCACUGGGAAUAAAGAAAAAAGCAUCAAAAGAAAGGCUGAUAGCACAGCCAAAAAUGAGAAAGAAGAAGCGCCAGCAGUUGCCACUGAUCAGUUAUCGACUGAGGACAUGUGGAGACAGAAGGAGUAUGAGAGGUCACUGACCUCAAACAUGGACCUGUCUGCACUCCUACAAGGCACAGUAAAGUGCAAAAAAGGGAAACCUCCUAGUACAAAGCAAACCAAGAAAGAGGCUUUUGACCGCUACAUGAAAAUACUAUAUGGCCUGCCCCCUAAUAUUAAGAUUGAUUUGGAGGACACCUUUGACCUAGAUUCAAUUUCACUUUCUCCUGAGCCAAAUGACAACAAGCCGUGUAGCCCUCCUCCCGUAAAAGAGGAUGUUCGUCCCAAACUGAUCAUUCCUGUGAUUGUGCAGAAAAAAAAGGAGAAAAAGGCUCCAGCGCCAAGCAACAAACCAAAGCCCCCAAUGAAAGUGAAGCCACGGCCUGUUGAGAAAGUCGAACCCAAGAGACCCGUCACAGUGGAGAAGGUCGAAGAGCCUCCUCCUCCAGUAGAGCAGCUGAAACCCAAAACUCCCUCUCCGCCUCCUCCACCUCCUCCUUGUCCAAGGACCCCAACACCACCCCCACCACGGGAGCCCACCCCUGAGGUGCCGUCAUUCCUCAAGCAGUUUGAAGAUGCAGGCUGGUUUAGAGACUUGUAUCCUGAUAAAAAGAGUAUCCCAAGCACCCUGUCUCCAGAGGACUUCUCCUUACAGCUGCUGGGUCAUCUAACCACCUGCAGCACCCCAUCCAAAAUGAAGAUCCUUGCUGCACUGCAGGCUCUGCACAGCCAGGGGCUCUUGCAGAAUACAGACAAGCUUUACCGAGGCCUUAUUGACUUAGUGCCUAAAUUUGCAAGACCACACAUGUCACCUUUGGAGCGGGCUGCGCUUGUUGAAAUGUUGAAUCUGUUGACGCGCCUGAAAUCUGCUAGUUAUGACCUUGUGAAAAAGCUUCUCACUCUCCUGGCCUUUAAAAAACUGUUUCUCCGAGAAACAGUCCUGCGCAUGCUGACUGCAUUAGGUGUUGAUGAGGCUGAGCAGUGGCUGUGGCCUGAGUUGGAGAGCUGGGAGUCGGAGCUGCAGGACCAGUCUAACAUUUGGAAAAGCCUGCAUGAUAGAGCAGAUUGGUGGCUAGAGUUAUGGAUCUCCAAAUACAAAGAACAUGACAAAUAUCUGCACCUCAGGAGUACAGCAAAGUGGAAGCCACCAACCUUCAGCAUGGUGGAUGUGCUGAAUUAUUUUUGCUCCAUCCAACAAGAAGAGUACAGAAGGGCUCGAUGUGUUGCACCUGCUGGUCGCAAAAACACUGUACUUCUGCCUUUAUAUGACUGUAGUUCUCAACCAAUCUUUCGUCUGGGAGAGACUUACAGCAUGGCCAGGAUACGCAGGCCACCAGGAAUCAUUCUGCCUCCCCUGCGAAACCGUCCUUUCCUCAUGGACUUUCCCCAUUUCAUCUCUUUGCCGUUAUCUCGAAUCACCCUGUGCCCCUUUCGCAUCUACACAGACGAGGACUGGCUGAAAGCACCGUCCCGCCGCUACUUCAUUCAACAGCAGUCUUAUGUAGAGUACUACAGAUGACGCCUCUUAGUCCGUAACAUUCCCACUAACACCUGACGAGCCAUGUAACAAACAUUAUUUUGAAAUGUGUUGAUUAUUUUGAAUAAUUAAACGACUCUUGAAAUUU